AUGUUUCAGCUGCUGGAAAAAGAUCCUGAACGUAGACUGGGUACAUCAUCGUCGUCUUCAGUUUCUGCAGACAUGGCACACCAGCCAUUUUUCCGGCCAAUCAACUGGGAGCGACUGGAGAAAAAAGAACUGGAACCUCCGUUCCAACCAAAGCUGAAAUCUGGAUCAGACGUCACUUAUUUUGACACUGACUUCACGAUGGAGCGACCGCAUUUAACAGUGGUUGACAAGGACAUUUUGGCCAGCAUGGAUCAGGCUCCGUUUCAAAGCUUUUCGUACACAAAUCCUGACAUGCUUCUGCUUGCGAAUAACAAAGCGACGCCGACGUGAUUUCUGAAACAAGAAAAUUCCGCG